AUGAAGGGGAGCAGUGCACUCCUGCUGGUGGCCUUCACCUUGCUCUGCACCUGCGGACUGGCCACGGGGCAGGACAACAAUGAGUUUUUCAUGGACUUCCUGCAAACACUGCUGGUGGGGACUCCAGAAGAGCUCUAUGAAGGCCCUCUGGGCAAAUAUGAUGUCAAUGCAGAUGCCAAGGCAGCGCUGACGGAGCUCAAGUCCUGCAUAGAUGGCCUCCAGUCCGUGCAUAAGGCGGAGCUUGUCAAACUGCUGGUACUGUGCCGGGCAGGGGGCACACCACUCCCCAAGAACAGGGCACACAACGGGUUCCCCAUGUCUCCCUCCAGACAUAUUACCUGCCCCCAAUACCGCACCCACAACCAGCCACCCCACAUACCCCCACACCUGGCUGAGCCAGAGAGGUCUCCCAGACCUCGCUGCACAGAGUGGCCCUCAGCCAACGCCUCUAUGCACAUGAGAGUGUAUGACACAAGUCACAAGCUCAUGCCUGCAGAGACAGAUAUGCUCAGCUUUCCCAGCUAUUAGGAGAAAACUGGCUCUAAUUUGCAGGAGCAGCCUCUAUCUCCCCUCACCUAGACUGACCCGAGCGAGAGCCUGUUCGCCUGCUGAGCUGCAGCUCUCUCGCUCCUCAUGACCAGGCACAGACUUCUCAGUGUUUUGGCCCAACACGUUUCUGCAUUGCAGGUGCAAGUUCUGGGCAGCCUGGAGAGCUAGUGGACUGUGGACGUGGCUUGAAGCAGCCAGAGGAUCAGCCACACAGCAGCCGUGGCCGCAGCACCCCAUGGUCACUUCCCCGUGCAUGAAUCGCCCUCAAACAGUUGGAUCAAUAAAGCCUCCUGCAGCUCA